CAGAAGAUCUUAUCAUAUGAACUUUGUGUCUGUGAAAGUAAACAGAUCUUACAUGCAAGGUGGGAGCCAAGAUACACAAGCUUCCACAGAAUCCCAUGGAAGCAAUUUGGGAAAGUCGGCCAUGCUCUUCGCCAUUUUUGUUACACUGUUGUAGCUCUACAUGGUUGUUUGAAGUCUGAAAUUCAGGCACCGUGGUCCAUUCGAAACAAGUGCAAGAACCCUUGCAUCAGACUUGCAGAAGAAGCUAACAAGAUUCUAAAGGAACUCUCAAACAGCAUAAAGGACAAACGCCAAGUUUGCCCUCACAUACUCAACAAUGGUCUCAACAAAGCCUUAGAAGACCUCAACAAUGCCUUGAAAUCACAACCUCAGCUUCAUUUCAGCCACACACUGUCGGCCAGGAUGCGAGCUCAAGGGCCCCCUUUGCCUCCUGAUAGUGAUGAUGGUCAGAUGCCUAUGCCUCAACUGAGUAAGACUAUGAGUAAGACAAUGAGUGUAAUCGUUGGCCUCGAGUUCUCAGAAGCACUUCCCCUUGCAGCUUUCACUUCUUUGUUGCUGGAUAUGGUGGCAAAGCUAGAAUAUGUCAUAGAUGAAGUUGAAUUAUUGGGAAGAAUGGCACACUUCAGAGAGUACAGAAGUGAAGAUGAAUUUUCGGUUAGAACUGAGGAACGACCUAAACCUUGUAGUGAACUACCUGCUUAUGGAGCCUAAUUAUAAACAAGGACUAUCCAUUUCUUUUCAUUAAUUAUAUAUUUAUAAUUAGGCUUAAUUUUGUAAUACCUAUCACUAUUUGGAGUAAUUCGCACAAGACAGUAUGUAAUUUAUUUCUCAAACAAAAUCCAAAUACUGAUAGAUACAUACAGAAAAUAAAAAA